GUGCCGCAGCAUAAUCAACCAAAGAUGUACCACAACAGCUGUGGUCAUACUGUCUGGCUCCCACACGACUCACACUCUGGUGGACCUUAACAACCACAACAACAACAAUAGUCUGGGUAAACCUCUUCACUGUAGUAAGAUUAUUACACUUGAGAGGUCAGAGUAUGAGAAUUUAUGCAGACUCCAGUACAACCAUCGACCUUAGGACCAGAACCUCUACCAUCCACCUCAGCCCAGUAGGGCCACAACAUAACUCUCCACACUCUUCACAAUCAUCAACAAACAGCAGCACCCAAAUUAAAGAAUUUAUUCAGGCUCCAGUACAACCAUCGACCUUAGUACUAGAACCUCUACCAUCCACCUCAGCCCAGUAGGACCACAACAUAACUCUCCACACUCUUCACAAUCAUCCACAAACACCAGCACCCACAAUUUAAGCUGCUACUGUUCUUGCUGUCACAAGAAGCAUUAUUCUUGCAGCUACCCCAUGUGCUCAGUAUAUCAUAGCUGCCAUCGCUGAGGUACAACACUGCCUCAUGCGUUCAGUACAUUGUAGCUGGCAUCAUUGAGGUGCAACAUUGCCUUGUGUGUUCAGUACAUUGUAGCUGCCAUCACUGAUGUGCAACAUUGCCUUGCAUGUUCAGUACAUUGUAGCUGGCAUCACUGAAGUACAACACUGCUUCAGGUGUUCAGUAAAUGUUUCAGUUCUCCCAUGCAAGGUUGCCUUAAACCUCCUGGUGUUUUCAGUGAGGCUGGACAAUUUUGACACCUUUUUUUUAUAGACCUACCAACUUGAUUUUUGAAUAUUAUUAAUGGAUUCUUGCAAUUGUUUAUAGGUUUAUGAAUUUUUUAUAGUGACAAAUUCUUGAGCAACUUUUUAUCUUUUUGGGAAUGUUUUGUGACUUGUAAUGGUUAAAUUAAAUAAUAUGCACUAUUUUAAAUUCAUUUAGUGUGUUUGACACAUUGACACUCUUCUUUCAGUAAAAUUUUCAUUAAUUUUAAAUUUUUUUUCCCAAUUUUAUUUUUCAUUCAAUAUGCAUAAAAAUAUCAAGGUAUGUUAUUGGUGUUAUUAAAAACUACAAUAAAAUCAGUGACUCUUUUAUUGAAUCAAAAUUUUCUUGAAAGUUAGCAUUAAGAACAAAAUAAUUGUGACCCUAUAGAAGAUAAACAACACUGAUGUUGUUUAUAAAAUAUAUAUAUAAAAUAUCACACAUAUUGUAAUUAGAUAUGUGAGCAGGAAUCACAUUAGUGUUGUUUAUAAGUAAGUAUUGUAGUAACACAAUGAGUGUUGACAAACCUGAGAAACCUUUUACGUGUCCAAAGUGUUUAAAUGAUUUUUCAGAUCAAUGUGAUCUUGUGAGACACCUGAGAACACACGAAGGAGAGAAACCACAUCAGUGUUUAGAGUGUGUUAAAGGGUUUUCAGAACAAGACGACUUAAUAAAUCACAUGAAAUCUCAUGAAAAAGACAAGAAACAUCAGUGUAAUAUAUGUCUAAAAGAUUUUACAGAAAAAAUUAAUCUAGAUACCCACUUAAAAUCGCAUGCAAAAAAGAAGCCAUUUCAGUGUUCAAUAUGUCUAAAAGAUUUUGUAAGGAAAAGUCAUCUAGUAACACAUAUUAGAAGUCAUACAGGAGAGAGACCAUAUCAGUGUUCAGUGUGUCAGAAAGACUUUGCACGAAGAGGUGUUUUAAUAACACACAUGAAAAUACAUACAGGAGAGAAAAUACUUACAGUUGAUAGACCGCACCAGUGUCCAGAGUGUCAUAAAGACUUUACACAAAGAAAUUACCUGAUUACACACAUGAGAUCUCAUACAGGAGAGAAACCAUAUCCGUGUGCAGAGUGUGGGAAGGGGUUUUCAAAAAAAUCUGUUCUCAUAAGACACUUGAGAAUUCAUACUGGAGAGAAACCAUAUCAGUGUUCAGAAUGUGCAAAAGAUUUUAAACAAAAAAAUGAGUUAGUACAACACAUGAGAGUUCAUACUGGGGAGAAACCAUAUCAAUGUGAAGUGUGUUUUAAGGAGUUUUCACAAAAAAAUCACCUAGAAGUACACUUGAGAACUCACACAGGAGCAAAACCAUAUCAGUGUACAGUGUGUCUGAAGGACUUUUCACAAAAAAAUAAUUUGACAAAUCACAUGAAAACUCACACAGGAGAGAAACCAUAUCAUUGUUCAGUGUGUGGUAAAGACUUUAAACGACACAGUGAUCUAGUAAGACAUACCAAAACUCAUAAAACAGAGACAUUAUCACUGGUAAAAGUGUGUAAAGAGAUUUUCACAAAAAAUAAUCAGUGAAAGGCAAAAUUCCUAUAGAGAAGUUGCCAUACUAGCAGCGUGUUUGUGUACCUCACUCAUAACCUGCUCCCAGGUACUCUGAUACUCAGUAUGUCUUGUAACAUGCAGCUCCCAGGUGCUCUGACACUCAGUAUGUCUUGUAACAUGCAGCUCCCAGGUGCUCUGACACUCAGUAUGUCUUGUAACAUGCAGCUCCCAGGUGCUCUGACACUCAGUAUGUCUUGUAACAUGCAGCUCCCAGGUACUCUGAUACUCAGUUUGUCUUGUAACAUGCAGCUCCCAGGUGCUCUGACACUCAGUAUGUCUUGUAACAUGCAGCUCCCAGGUGCUCUGACACUCAGUAUGUCUUGUAACAUGCAGCUCCCAGGUGCUCUGACACUCAGUAUGUCUUGUAACAUGCAGCUCCCAGGUGCUCUGAUACUCAGUAUGUCUUGUAACAUGCAGCUCCCAGGUGCUCUGACACUCACUCAGCAUGUCUUGUAACAUGCAGCUCCCAGGUGCUCUGACACUCACUCAGUAUGUCUUGUAACAUGCAGCUCCCAGGUGCUCUGACACUCACUCAGUAUGUCUUGUAACAUGCAGCUCCCAGGUGCUCUGACACUCACUCAGUAUGUCUUGUAACAUGCAGCUCCCAGGUGCUCUGACACUCACUCAGCAUGUCUUGUAACAUGCAGCUCCCAGGUGCUCUGACACUCAGUAUGUCUUGUAACAUGCAGCUCCCAGGUACUCUGACACUUAUUAUAUCUUACAACAUGCACCCGACUCACAAGCACAUUGCAAACUAUGUAGCAACUCCUUUCUCACAGUUUGGCAUUUAGACGUAGGUUGUAGCUUUUAUAUGAAAUUACUGGAACCUCAGCGGAGGUUUUAACCGAUGUGCAUUGUUUUAGUUUUAAUUUUAAUUUUAAUUGGAUAGGGGGCAAUGUGGCAGAUGUUGCAAGUGUAUGGUGUAGGAGGUAGGUUACUGAGAGCAGUGAAGAGUUUUUACGAGGAUAGUGUGGCUCAAGUUAGAGUAUGUAGGAAAGAGGGAAAUUAUUUCCCAGUAAAAGUAGGUCUUAGACAAGGAUGUGUGAUGUCACCGUGGUUGUUUAAUAUAUUUAUAGAUGGGGUUGUAAGAGAAGUAAAUGCAAGGGUCUUGGCAAGAGGCGUGGAGUUAAAAGAUAAAGAAUCACACACAAAGUGGGAGUUGUCACAGCUGCUCUUUGCUGAUGACACUGUGCUCUUGGGAGAUUCUGAAGAGAAGUUGCAGAGAUUGGUGGAUGAAUUUGGUAGGGUGUGCAAAAGAAGAAAAUUAAAGGUGAAUACAGGAAAGAGUAAGGUUAUGAGGAUAACAAAAAGAUUAGGUGAUGAAAGAUUGAAUAUCAGAUUGGAGGGAGAGAGUAUGGAGGAGGUGAAUGUAUUCAGAUAU